GCCAUUUGUUCGGGCUCUCGAGGUUGACUUUGAUUCCUGGAGGAGAAUCGGUCGUCGAGUCUACGAUGCCCCGUCCUUCGCAGACAUACAAUUCGCAGCAGCAGCAGUGCAUGCUCGCGGUGCGAUGGUGAGAUGGUGCGGAGCAAGAGUCGUCCACACCGGCAAGGUUACGUGUUCACCCACCCGCUCUCUCGCCGGGGUGUCCCUCAGAUUCGGGUUUAAGAGGUCCGGAAGCUCCCACUUUUCACGAAGCAGCUCAGAGUCGAACCCCGAGAGGCCCUUGCUAGCUUGCGAGUGGGAGCGCUGCUCAGUGGACCUGUUUCCUGUCGAAUCUCGUCCCAUCCAUCCCUCGGGGCAAAAACCUGUGAAAAACUGUCUAGAUCUGCGCCUCUCACUCCAGUACAUCGGCCGUGGCACUGGACAGAAAAAAUAGUUGGAAGAAUUGAUUAAGUUCGUUCCUGCUGCAGCUGCUGAGGCUGCCUAGUCGAUCCGACUCGUACGUUCUGGGGACAGGUCUUAGAAAUCGACAUCAGAUUGUGGCCAGAGAGAGAGAGGGAGAGGGAGUGGAAGAGAGCUGGAGGUUUAAUAAGAGCAGAUCUGCUCUGUGCUUUCGAGAUCGAUCGGAAAUUUGACGGUAGAGCUGGGAUCGCAGCCACUGAUAGGAGAGGGUCGUGAUUAUGGCGGAGGGGAAUGGUAGCACCCUCGAGAUGGAGGAGCUCGAUGCCUCCAAGGCGUUUCCGACAUUCAUCGUGGCGACGGUGGUUCUGGUGGUGCUGACGUUCAUCUUGAACCGAGUCUUCGGUGCCAAGAAGCUGAACAUGCCGCCCGGACCCAAGGGGCUGCCGAUUGUGGGAACCCUGUUUCGAACGAGAGGGCCGAAGACUCAUGUCAUCCUGUCGGAGAUGUCCAAGGAAUGGGGGCCAAUCUUCAGUCUGAAAACGGGCUGGAAGUAUUUCAUCGUGGUGACCUCGCCCGAGCUGACACACGAGGCUCUGAUCAAGGACGUGCAGACUUUCUCGUCGCGGCCCAAGCUGCUGUCGAGGUUGAAUUUCACAGGAUGGAGGAGCGUGAAUUCUGCCCUGUAUGGCCCCUACUGGCGAGGCAUCCGCAAGAACCUGGUGACGCAUGCGCUGUCCACCUCGAAGGUCGCCUCGUUCCUGCCCUUCCGUGAGGAGGAAUUGGAGACUCUGAUCACCCGAGUGAAGGACGAGGCGGCCCGCAACGACGACGUCGUCACCGUGCUCUCGCACUGCCGCCACACUGUCUUCAGCAUCCUGCUGCACGUGUGCUUCGGCGAGCGAUUCGCAGACUCCACCGUCGAGGAGCUCGACAGGAUCCUCAAGGCCCUGCUCGUCAUCCUGGCGCCGCAGGUGAUCGACUUCCUGCCCUUCCUGCAGCCCUUCUCCAAGCACAAGCCCAUGUGCCAAGGCCUGCUGGGUCGCAUGCGCAACCUGUUCGCGCCCCUGAUCGAGGAGCACAAGCAGCUGCGAGCCAAGGGGCAACCCAAGGGAGAUUACGUGGAUUCUCUGAUCGUUCUGCAGAAGGAGAUGAACCUCGCAGAUAAUGACGUGCUGGGCUUGAUCGGGGAGGUUCUCACCGGAGGCACGGACACGACGGCGAACACGCUCGAGUGGACCAUGGCCAAUUUGAUCAAGUACCCGCAAAUCCAGGACAAGCUCUUCCAGGAGAUCAAGAGAGUGUGCGGGACGUCGCCCGUGAGCGAGCACGAUGUCGACAAGAUGCCAUACCUGCAAGCUGUGAUCAAAGAAGCUCUGAGGAAGCACCCUGCUUUGCCCUUCGGAAUCACGCACGGACUCUCGAUGCAGGGCAAGCUCGGAGGCUACGACAUUCCAGAGGAGGCCUUCGUACUCUUCCACAUCCAAGCCAUGCAGAACAAUCCUGCGAUCUGGGACCAUCCCGAGGUGUUCGACCCCGAACGCUUCCUCAAUAACAACGUCAAUUACGACAUGACGGCGUCGCACGGAGUCGAGAGCUUGAAAUUCAUGCCGUUCGGCGCAGGCCGCAGAAUUUGCCCCGGCAUGAGCCUGGGUCUCAAGCACGCGCACCUCAUCCUCUCGCGCCUGAUCCAAAACUUCGAAUUCACCACGCCGAACCCGGGCGAGGAGGUCGACUUCUCCGAGAAACUCGAGUUCACCGUCGUCAUGGCCACCCCUUUGAAAGCCAGGAUCACGCCCCGCAGGUAGGAAGGAUGCACAGCACAGCACGCUCGCUAUUGGCUCCUGCUUCUGUUUCUGCAUCUGCUUCGGCUUCGGCUUCGGCAUCGGCAUCGACAUCGACAUCGACAUCCCCUUCAAUUCUUUUGCCUCCGGCUUGUCAGUAGCACGGAGAUUUGCAGACAAUUUGCUUCUGGAACAUUUCAAGACUGCACAAAUAGAUCGCAUGGGGCUGCGGGCCACGUCCUGCAGCUAGAAGUGCUCGUAGACUAUUUUUUAGGUAUUUCCUUGUUGCCCCUUGUACAGAUGGAUCGGUUAGCCCAUGGGGGCAAUCGGUCGUGUGAUUCAGAAACAGUUUCUCUGGUCUUUCCCGUCACCACUUGGCAAAGUUCAAGCUAGUAGAUUGAAACUCGACGGGGUUCUCAACAGGCUCAUUUCUGACCUCAAUGGUCCCCACUGGAAAAAAAAAAUCAUCCUGUUUGCCCGGUAAUCUCCAGUUUUGUACGUAGACUCCGAAGAAAAAAAUGCUCUGCGCUAAUGCAAUAAUAAUUAUCCACCACUCGACGCUCGACCC